AUGAUCGUUCAACUUGGUGAACUCGAAGUAUUCUUUCCAAUGGAGCGAAUAUACCCAGAACAAUUACAGUACAUCAAAGAGCUUUUUGAAGUUGCACAAGGUAAAGGCCAUUGCCUCAUUGAAAUGCCCACGGGAACGGGUAAAACACUAGCUAUUCUUAGUUUUCUAGUUAGUUACCAAAUUCACUUGUCUACUCAUGGGGUUGGCUCAGCUAAUCUGAAAGACUCAACCUUAAAACGACCCAAUGGAGUCUUCAAAAUUGUAUACUGUACGCGUACAACGGCUGAAUUAGAGAAAGUCUUACACGAACUUAAACGACUCUACAACUACAUUCAGCAGUACAUUCCUAAGCUGGAAUAUACUGGCUUGGGUUUAGCUGCCCGACGGACUCUUUGUGUGAAUAAUGAAGUACGUGAAGGUCAUACACCACGUGAAAUCAAUGCCGGCUGCCAUCGUAUUCGAUCAACCUGUCCCUACUAUACUGAACUAGCUAAAGAUCCGACUAUUCCUCCUGGGAUUCAUACUUUAGAAGAUCUGGUGGCUAUGGGUACAACUCAGGGUAAAUGUCCUUACUACUUAGCCCGAUCUGUCUCUCCUUUAGCUGAUUGUCUGGUUUAUACUUAUAAUUACAUGAUUGAUCCUCGGAUUAGUAACUUAGUCAGUGCUGGCUUGGGUUCAAAUUGUAUUGUUGUUUUUGAUGAGGCCCAUAAUAUUGAUAGUGCGUGUAUUGAAGCUUUGAGUGUAGGAAUUACGCGGAGUACACUUGAUGCCGCCUGGAAGAGUAUUUGCGAUAUGGAAAGUCUUCUACAGGCCGCAGAUAUUACUCGAAUAAGUGGACCUGGGAAUAUCGGCAGUCUUUCUAUGGCUAGUUAUCAAAACACUCGUCUGGAUAAGCCGGCUGGGAUAGAUAGUUCUUUUGCUGAAGACUCACAUGCCUGUUCUCGUUCCAAGACUUCACAAAUUCCUGGUUCAUUACGAACUACGCGUGGAUUUAUCUCAGCAGCUAAACGAGUGAUUGAGUUCUUUAAAACCCGAUUAAAAACAGUCCAUCUUACGGCGGAAACAACUGAAUCAUUUAUUUGGUCUUUAGAAAGCACUGUUUUUGUUGAGUAUUCGGCUUUAGUCCAUCUUUCUAAGCAACUAAGAGCUGUUAUUGCUCAAGUUUCAGAACUUAGUGCAUUGGAUAGGACUAAACUCAAGCAAGAUUCAACUGAACAACUAAAUAGUUCAGAAUUAGCCCAACUUUCAGUUUUUGGUGAUUUUCAAGAAUUAUCUCAAAUCUGUGAUUUUUGUUCGUUAGCUGCUCAGUUCAAACGAGGAUUCUCAGUGAUUUUUGAACCGUUCAAUUCCUUUUCGGCUUAUGAGCCUAUUUUAAGACUUUGUUGCUUGGAUGCUUCUAUUGCUAUCCAGCGCGUGUUUAGUACGUAUAAGAAUGUUAUUAUUACUAGUGGUACUUUAAGUCCAAUUUCUAUCUAUCCGCGUUUAUUGAACUUUGCACCGGUUAAAAGUGUUGAGAUAGAUGUUACUAAUCGACGGGGGUUAGGUGUGCUGAUAGUUACUAAAGGCAGUGACCAAAUGACUUUAGCUAUGACUGGUAGUAAUGAAAUCAGUAGUGGCUUUUCUUUGCGCAGUGAACCAGCAGUUGUCCGGAAUUAUGGUAACUUACUGCUGGAAAUGGCCGCAGUAGUUCCUGAUGGACUAGCUUGCUUCUUUCCUUCUUACAAGUACAUGGAAGAGGCCGUCUCAGCCUGGACUGAAAGUGGAAUGAUCAAGAAGAUCAUUGAAAAGAAGCUUAUCUUUGCCGAGUCACUUGACCAUGAAGAGACUGAACGAGCUCUAGCCGGGUACAAAACAGCCUGUGAAAUCGGUCGUGGAGCUAUUAUGCUAAGUGUAGCUCGGGGCAAAGUCUCAGAAGGAGUUGACUUCUCAGGAUGUUAUGGCCGAGCUGUACUUGUUUUUGGUGUACCAUUUCAGUAUACAGAAAGUCCCCAGUUGAAGAAGCGCUUAGAGUUUCUAGCUGAAGAGUUUGGUGUACGGGAGAGUGAGUUUCUUUCAUUUGAUGCCAUGCGCCAAGCCGCGCAGUGUAUAGGCCGAGUACUAAGAUCCAGUCGUGAUUAUGGUCUAGCCGUUCUAGCCGAUCGACGUUUCAAUGUCAGCGAAAAGAAGCAACAACUUCCACGUUGGGUGCAAAGACAUCUUGAGGACGAAAGCACCAAUUUAAGUAUUGACAUGUCCAUUUCCCUAGCCAGACAAUUCUUCCGCCAAGUUUCCACCAGCAAGUACUACAACUAA